AUGUCGUCCGGCAUAGCAGGAUGGAUAACAUGCCGGCAAGUGUUGAACAUCAUGGUGAUCUUCGGCUUUAUGCUGAACUAUGCCCUGCGUGUGAACUUCACGAUCGCCAUCGUGGCGAUGACGAAAACGCUCGUGAACGUGGCUACAGGUGGAGAUAACAGUACCAGCUUGAACUUGACCGAUACGACAGUGGCAGAUUUGUCCACCACCACCGAAGCGUCCGUUAUCGACGAGGCGGAUAAGUUUGAAUGGGACGCCCGCCAGCAGAACCUGAUGCUGGGCAGCUUCUUCUGGGGUUACGUGCUGACGGAACUGCCGGGUGGUCGGUUGGCUGAAAUUAUCGGUGGCCGUCGCGUCUUCGGCUACAGUAUGCUAUGGGCCAGUUUGCUUACCCUGCUGACGCCCCUCGCGUCCAACACGCACUACAUUGCCGUGGUAAUUCUGCGUGCGGUGCUCGGUUUCUUCCUCGGUGCUUCGUGGCCAGCCAUUCAUCCACUCACGGCCGUUUGGAUUCCGCCCAUGGACCGGUCAAAGUUCAUCGCCAACAUGAUGGCUUCCUCGCUGGGCGCUGCCAUUACGAUGCCAAUCUGUGGCUUCCUGAUCUCAUCGAUCGGAUGGCAGAGCGUGUUCUACUUCACCGGUGGGCUCGGUUUGCUGUGGUCGAUCAUUUGGUUCCUGGUGGUGUUUGAAACCCCUGCCCUGCAUCCGCGCAUCACGCCCGAGGAACGGAAUGAGAUCGAGUCGGCGAUCAAUGCGGCUGGCAAAAAGAAGAAACCAUCGUACGUGCCGUGGAAGUCCAUUAUUACCUCCCCACCGGUUUGGGCCAUCAUACUUACCCACGGUGCGUCCGUGUUUGGGUUCUUCACUGUGGUUAAUCAGCUGCCAACUUACAUGAAGUAUAUUUUGCAUUUCAACAUUAAGGAGAACGGAUUACUGUCGUCCUUGCCUUAUUUCGGAAAAUACGCCAUGGCUGUGAUUUCAUCGCAUUUAGCUGAUUACUUGAGAAAAUCGGGCAAAUUGUCCACUACCGCAACUAGAAAGAUUUUCACCGCUUUCGCUGUGAUGACUCCCGGGUUCUUGAUGAUCAUUCAGGUGUACAUGGGCGAGAACCGCUCGUGGGCGGUUGGUAUCUUCACACUGUCCCUCUUCCUGAACGGUGCCGUCACGGCGGGAUACCUUGGCAAUGGGCUGGACAUUGCUCCCAACUUUUCCGGUACCAUUUUCGGCAUGGCCAACACUCUGUCCUCGUUCGGUGGCUUCGUUUCAGCGUACAUGGUUGGUGUACUCACCAACGAUAAUCAAACUUAUGGUCAAUGGCAGAUUGUGUUCUGGAUUCUGGCCGUGGUGUACAUUACGGGUUCGUCUGCGUACGUGAUAAUGGGUACGGGUGAGCUGCAGGCCUGGAACAAUCCCCCGGAGAAGGAUGAUGGUAGUGGCGAAACCGAGGAAGGUGUGCCACUUAACCAGCGCAACCAGGCCGCGGUCAAGUAA